CGCCAAUAUUUUGAACGCGCGAAAACAGGUGGUGCUGCAGCACCUGCAUUCCUGAGCGCUCGCAACGUCCGAAAUGGACCCACGCGUCCAGGAUGCCUUGCUGACGCUUCCAGGGUCUCCGGGGGCGCUGGUGGCCUGGCAGAAGUCGCUGGUGGCCGUCGCUCACCAGCAGCAGGUUUUUGUUUGGGACCGACGGGGCCGUCAGGUGGAUGUGAUUGCGCUCUCAGGGACGUGCAACGGCCUCUGCUGGGAUGAGGAAGGCGACCUGCUGGCCGCCUCCUGCGAGCGCUCGGCCAGGGUGGUCCUGUGGGAGACGCAGACCCGUCGUCCACAGCCCAUCGUCAGCGGUCUUAGCGAGGGCGUCUCUUGGCUGGGAUGGGGUCCCAACGCCAUCCUCGCCCUGGCCACAGCAAAGGGCAAUUUGGUGCUCUACGACCACCGCUCGGGCCGCCGCAUGCCUGUACUCGGCAAACACAGCAGACAAAUCGUGAGCGGUGCGUGGAGCAAGGCCGGUUUGCUGGCUUUAGCUGCGGAGGACAAGAGUCUGUCCGUCAGCACGGCCGAUGGGGACACCCUGAGAGCCGUGGCGCUCCGAGCCGAGCCUUCGCAGAUCAAGUUUGGGCGAGUCAAGACUGAGGACAAACCCCACGGAGACGACACGGUUAGUGUCGUGGUGGGAAAGAAGACCUUAUACAUGCUGCGGGUCUCGGAGGGCGACGAGCCGGUCGAACUGGCCUUCCAGCCGCGUUACGGCCAAGUUGCUGCCUACGAGUGGUUCGGGGACGGCUACAUCCUUCUCGGAUUCACCGCGGGCUUCCUCGUGGCGGUCUCUACGCACCCCAAGGAAAUCGGCCACGAGUUGUUCCAGCUGCAGCCUCACCCGUCAGGCCUGAAGCAUAUGGCCAUCGCGGCCGACGCGGAUCUUGCGGCGACAGCCGGUGCAGACGGCCAGAUCAAGUUGCACUCCUUGACGGCAGGCGAGACUAAGAGAGUUCUGACUGCGCCAGGAGCCACAAAUCUCACGUGGAGCAGCGACGGACAGCUCAUCUCGGCCAGUUGUACUUCUGGGAUUGCUGUUUUUCUCGCUUGCUUGCCGACCGUGGCGGCUGCCGACUCCUCUAGAGCCGCCAUUCUCACUUCUCUCUCAGAAGUGUCCGUCACUGAGCCAAAUUUUCAGGAACCACUGAGCAGCGUGCGGCUGGCCGUUGAGCCGUCCUGGGUGGCCGUCGGUCCGGCUCACGUGGCUGCCGGCAUGAACAACCGCGCUUGGUUCCACCGACUGAGCUUGUCCGCGGAAGAGGUGGCUACCAAAGAGUAUUUGAGCCGAGUUUCCUGCCUCAAACUAAACAGUCGCGUAGCUGCUGCCUUGUGCGCUGGACGCGUUCACGUGCACACCAUCGAGGAGGUGGCUGCCGAGGCUGUGGUUCCUGAGGACGAAUCGGACGGGAAAGUCACUGCCCACGAAAUCACAAAUGAGGCACUUGUUUACGGAACUGACGUGGGCGUCCUAGCCAUAUUCCACUUGCAACAGUGGAGACUGGUGCAACGAUACCGACACUCCUGCGCCUUGAAAAUAGUGUCUACAGAAGCCUCUGGAUCUCGUGUGGCAUUUCUCGACGAUCACCACCAAGUUUUUAUCUUUUGCCCACUCACAGAAAGCGUCAUUGCCGUGGAUGCGAGCCCCUCGACCGAAGGCAUUCUCUGGGACUCAUGGCCUGGGGAAGCGGCCUUCUUGGUCACUUUUGAUUCGCAGCAAGCGAGUGGGCACGUUUUUCUUCGCGACUCGGUGCGAGGCUCGUAUGCAGAGGCCGUGGCGUCUCCUACAAAGUUACCAAAUGGGCAGCGGCCGCUCUGGUUGGCUGGCGGGGAAAUGGGCCUGCACGGCCCAGACGGCCGCCUCAACAGAAUCAUGCUCGAAGGCCAUGCGGCUGUGCUGCGGCUGCCAGACUCCUUUGACGCCCUGCUUUCUCUGCGCCGGUACAAAGAGGCCUGGUCAGUGGCUGUGGAAAGGCCGCAAUUUAAGAAACUCGCUGAGGCAGCGUUAUAUGACAUGGAAUUUGAGGUUGCUCUGAGAGCUUUUAGAAGACUGAAGGACGCUGGAAUGGUGCGUGCAGUUGAAGCCGCUGCCGAAGCCGAGGACCGGUUUGAGUCAGCUGGCAUGGCUGCCCUGUGCCUCGGUCAGUACGACAUCGCUGAGCAGGCGUUUCUCCAAUCAGACAGGCCUUCGGCAGCGCUGGAGAUGCGCAGCAGUUUGCUUGAGUGGCCGCGAGCCCUGGAGUUGGCUGCUUCUUUGGCGCCAGACCAAGUUCCUCUACUAGCGAAGCAGUUUGCACAACAACUGGAGUUCACUGGUGAGCACUCACAAGCUUUGGCUCAGUACGAAAGGGCGUCAGGACAGGUCGAUUGCCGGGCAGGCUUGGCCCGUUGCGCCCUGCGGUGCGGGGACGUCAGACGCGGACUGUCUCUGCUCGAUGAAACAGCCUCGGUCGAUCUUCUACGUGAGUGCGCGACCAUCCUGGAAUCGGGCCGCCACCUGCCUGAGGCGGCCAGUCUCGCGGAAAGGGCCGGUCUAUUCGAGCGGGCGGCCGAAUUGCACGUGCGGCUGAAGAACUGGCCAAAAGUGGCGCAGCUGCUUCCCCGCGUCACCGCUCCUAGGGUCCACGCGCAGUUCGCUAAAGCUAAAGAGGCCGAAGGCCGGUACGCGGAGGCCGUGGCCGCCUACGUCACCGCUGGCGACCCUGAGGCUGCGGUGCGGCUUCUGCUGGAAAAGCUCAGGAGGCCAGAGGAGGCCGUCAAGAUUGUGAAGGAGACUAGAAAUCCGGAGGCAGCCAAACAGGUUGCCCGAUUUUUGCGCAGUGCAGGAGAUGCAACAUCGGCGUUACAACUGCUUGUUUGGUGCGGUUGCGCGUCCGAAGCGUUUGAAUUCGCUCGUCAGGCGGGCGAAAUGGCUCUCUUGGGCCGGUUGCUCGCAGCCGAGGCCGCGUCGGAUGGCGCUGCUCCGACUGCUCAGCUGCUGGAGGUGGCUCGCCACUUCGAGGCGGAGCAAGACGCGUUUAUGGCCGGCAAAUUCUUGCACCUGGCCGGCGAGAGUCAACGGGCCGUCCAGCUACUGCUCAAAGCAGCCGCCGUCGGGCACAAAGAGGCCUUGGAGGUGGCCGUGGAGGCGGCAGCGGCCGCCCAGCAUGAGCCGCACCUCGCAGACCAGGUCAUCCAGUUCAUUUGUGGAGACUUGGACGGCGUGCCAAAGGACUUCAGCCUGGUUUUGAGGCUGUACCUGACAAGAGGGCAGCUGGAAGAAGCGGCCCAGGUGGCCGUCCUGAUGGCUGAGGAGGAACAAAAGGCUGGAAACUACAGAGCCGCUCACGACACCCUUCUGACGGCCCACCAACAGUUGCGAGCCAGGGGAGGCAGUCCACCUGAAGCCCUUCGGUCCCGGCUGGCCCUGCUCCACUCUUACAUUUUGGCCAGGCUGCACGUGCGUAGAGGCCAGCACCUCAUGGCCGCCCGACUGCUCUCCAGGGUGGCAGCCAACAUCUCAAAAUUUCCAGCCCAUGCUGUCCCGAUUCUGACCUCUGCCGUGAUUGAGUGCGGACGGGCUGGGCUGGCGUCCACCUCCUUCAAGCUGGCUUCGAUGCUGAUGCGUCCGAUGCACCGUCCGCACCUCGACCCAAAGUACAAGCGCAAAAUCGAGAGCGUCGUCCGGAAAGGCCUACGCGACCCUGAGGCCCCGGAGCCGACCUCUCCCUGCCCGCACUGCCUGCAACCUUUACCUGAGUACGAACUGGCCUGCAGCCGGUGCAAAAAUAACUUACCAUUCUGCAUAGCCACGGGAAAGCACGUGGUUCGUGAUGACUUCACGUUAUGUCCCCAUUGCGAGUUUCCUGCUAUUGCAUCAGGAUUUUCUGAGUUGCUAGAAACGGAGAAUGUGUGUCCAAUGUGUGGUGCUGAAGUAGAAACGGCGGCUCUCUCUACGCUAGAAGAUCUUUCUGAAUAUCUCAAAGUUUGACCAAAGCGCAUUCAAUGCCCUUGAUCUCCUUAUUACUGUGAACGUUGCCUAUUUAUGGGGACGAGGAAAAUAAUUUCUGAAUACAUGUAAUUUGUGCUGUCUUGUUCUGCGAAGAGUUCAAUCACCGUGUUUGAUGUAGUCAAGUGAUUAGUCUCAUUUUGCGGUUUUCUAGAACUUCUACCAUGAAAAACUCUUAACUAGAAAAUUUCCUUGUCCCUUUUUAUUUAUUACUUUGAUUUAUCUCAAAUAAAUAUACACUUUUUUAAAAAUUA